AUUGAAUCAUUUACUGAAGAGAAGCCGUCAAUCGCGCACGUUUGCUGAGUUGUUUUAAGAACAAGUAACAAGACUGAUUAAAAAUACAAAAUGGCAAAAGCACCCGCAGUAGGAAUCGAUCUGGGUACCACGUACUCUUGCGUUGGUGUCUUCCAGCACGGGAAGGUGGAGAUCAUCGCCAACGACCAGGGCAACAGGACCACUCCGUCUUAUGUUGCGUUCACAGACACCGAGCGUCUCAUCGGAGAUGCCGCCAAGAACCAGGUGGCGAUGAACCCCAACAACACAAUAUUCGAUGCCAAACGUCUCAUCGGACGUAAGUUCGAAGAUGCUACUGUGCAAGCCGACAUGAAGCACUGGCCUUUCGAGGUUGUCAGUGAUGGAGGCAAACCUAAGAUCAAGGUAGCAUAUAAGGGUGAAGACAAAACCUUUUUCCCCGAGGAAGUCAGUUCCAUGGUGCUUACGAAAAUGAAGGAAACUGCCGAAGCUUAUCUUGGCAAAACUGUGCAGAAUGCAGUUAUCACGGUUCCCGCGUACUUCAAUGACUCUCAAAGACAAGCCACAAAAGAUGCAGGUACCAUCUCUGGCUUGAACGUUCUCCGAAUCAUCAAUGAACCGACUGCUGCUGCGAUUGCUUACGGUCUUGACAAAAAGGGUACUGGAGAACGAAAUGUACUUAUCUUUGACCUCGGCGGCGGUACCUUCGACGUGUCCAUCCUUACCAUCGAGGAUGGUAUCUUCGAGGUGAAAUCCACCGCCGGCGACACCCACUUGGGAGGUGAGGACUUUGACAAUCGCAUGGUCAACCACUUUGUCCAGGAGUUCAAGAGGAAAUACAAAAAGGACCUCGCUACCAACAAGAGAGCUCUUAGGCGUUUGCGUACUGCAUGUGAGAGGGCAAAGAGGACCUUGUCAUCGUCCACACAAGCGAGCAUUGAGAUAGAUUCUCUCUUUGAGGGUAUUGACUUCUACACGUCAAUUACUCGUGCUCGCUUCGAGGAGCUGAACGCCGAUCUGUUCAGGUCUACCAUGGAGCCAGUGGAGAAGUCUCUCCGUGAUGCCAAGAUGGAUAAGGCUCAAAUCCACGAUAUUGUACUGGUGGGUGGCUCCACUCGUAUCCCCAAGGUGCAGAAGCUCCUGCAAGAUUUCUUUAAUGGAAAGGAGCUCAACAAAUCUAUUAACCCUGACGAGGCUGUAGCUUAUGGUGCAGCUGUCCAGGCUGCUAUCUUGCACGGUGACAAGUCUGAGGAGGUGCAGGAUCUGCUGUUGCUUGAUGUAACACCCCUUUCCCUCGGUAUUGAGACUGCUGGAGGUGUCAUGACCACACUCAUCAAGCGUAACACUACCAUCCCCACUAAACAGACUCAGACAUUCACCACCUACUCUGAUAACCAACCCGGAGUACUCAUCCAAGUAUUUGAGGGUGAGCGUGCUAUGACCAAAGAUAACAACUUGCUCGGUAAAUUCGAGCUGACCGGGAUCCCACCGGCGCCGCGUGGCGUGCCUCAAAUUGAGGUCACCUUCGACAUCGAUGCCAACGGUAUCCUCAACGUUUCCGCUAUCGAGAAGUCCACCAACAAGGAGAACAAGAUCACCAUUACCAACGACAAAGGUCGUCUCUCCAAGGAAGAGAUCGAGCGUAUGGUUAAUGAGGCAGAGAAGUACAGAAACGAGGAUGACAAGCAAAAGGAGACCAUCCAGGCCAAGAAUGCAUUGGAAUCUUACUGCUUCAGCAUGAAGUCUACCAUGGAGGAUGAGAAGCUCAAGGAAAAGAUCUCUGACUCUGACAAGCAGACCAUCCUCGACAAGUGCAACGACACCAUCAAGUGGCUGGAUUCCAACCAGCUGGCCGACAAGGAGGAGUAUGAGCACAAGCAGAAAGAAUUGGAAGGCAUUUACAAUCCGAUAAUUACGAAGAUGUACCAGGGUGCCGGAGGAGUCCCCGGAGGUAUGCCGGGCUUCCCGGGCGGAGCACCCGGAGCCGGAGGUGCCGCCCCCGGGGCUGGAGGCGCUGGCCCCACCAUCGAGGAGGUCGAUUAAACCAACAUUCCACACCACACUUAAACCUACCUGUAACAACCACCUUGUAACCUCUCCUUGAUUGAAAUAAAUAAAUAUCGAACCU